AUUUACGAACCUCCCUCGAAGUUAGGACAAAAAUCGACAACGGACAUUGGGACUAGUGUUAAACGUGCUAUCGAAAUCUCGCGAGUGGCCUGUGAUUUUUCGAGUGAAGACGUAACCAGUACACCAGGGAUAUAACGGGUCGAGCGAAGUGCUAAGCGGAUCAUAAAAACAAAGAGAUUCACCUGAUUUGGUGUGAGAGUGUUCGUAGAUCUUCCGGAGGCAUAAUAAAAAAGAAAGACGCGUAAAUCUCAAUAGAGAGUCUACUUAUACGUGAAUACGAAGAUAAAAAAUCGAUUAACGGCAUAAGUUUAAAAAAACAGGUAUAGGUAGUGGGCGACGUAAAUGAUAUCGUAUUAUUCUUAAAAAAAUUGGAAAAGUUUAGUCGAGAGUACCGAGUGAAACGCUAGCGUGGUUUUCCAGUAACGGUUCUGUUUUCAAUUUCGCAACCCUGAGCUUGUGCUUUUAAAAGCUUAUAAACGUCAAAACAAGUUGUGAAACAGUGAAGAGUCGAAUUCUUUUUUUGUAUCGCAAUAGGCGCGCUUUUAAUUGAGCGAGCUCGUAAUAUUUUUAGAUGGCGUUAUGCUCAGUCCCAAUCGGUUCACAAAUAGAGAGUUGAUGCAUUUUAAGGAGCACAGAUAAGCUACCCAUUAUUCGGAAUGUGCACCUCAAUUUUUACAGCAUUACAAAAUGAUGUAAAUAAAAAAGUUACUUGCAUAUGCAAUUCUUGCGUUUUAUGAACAACACACCGAUCGCUAACGGAAGAAUCGAAAAAAAUGAAAUCAUUCAUCAUUAUUUAUCACAUUAAUAAGCCCUCUGUGAUCAACUGUAGUGGGUAUUUAUCGUCAAUCACAUUUCUUGGAUCCACUUUAUGAAUAUUCACCAAUUAAGGUACGUGAAGCAUACAUAUGUAUUAUUAUUAGUACUUCAUUGCAUAAGGCAAUGAAAUAAUUUUAAAUAAAUCAAAUUAACAAUAAAAAUUGGCACAAAUGGAAAUAUCACGUGUUCACAAUCGUAAGAGUAGUCAUUACUGUAAAGAUUCAACAGUUAUUCUUCAAGGACAUUAUACUUUCUGUGUUGCACAGACUAUGUUCGUUAAUAUAAUGGAUCAAUUAACUUAUAUUGUAGAUCAAUAUAUGUAAGAACGAAAAUGAUCUUUGACAAUUGGAUACUCUGAAUAAUUUUUAAUCAAUUAUCCCCACGGGAUUAUAUACGGACAUCGAAGUUUGUGCGUACGUGAGUUCGAACGUUUGAAUUGAACUUUUCUUUAUGGAUGUCGAUUAAUUCGAAGCCCUAUCGGAGAUAUUACUGAAGGCGUUGUCCUGGUUCGUGAUUCACGAAUGAGCUAUGUAGAGCUGUAGCCAGCUGAGGGGGUCUGGUUACUGGUUACCUGUUACCUGGACAAGUGUGUUGGUCACGGGUUCGUUUCAAAGUAUCGACCGUGACAGCCGUUCCGUGCAAAUCGUAAUUUUCGGAAUGAUGCUUUCUAACUAAAAUUCUGAUUCCUUAAACCUCUUACCGGAAAACUGCGAAUUAUGUGUACGUGGAUAAGCUCCGCAUGCGCACAAUACAAUAUUCAUAUUCAAUUGAAAGAAUGACAAUAAUGAUACGCUUUUAUCUCCAAAGAAAAAUAACAGACGAUUAAUUAAUAAACAUUACCCACUGUACAAUUUUAAUUCGAUUUUAUGAAAUCAAAAAUUGUCUUAAUAAGUUAAUUGAAACCUUUUCUGUGAAGCGGUAGAACUAGAGAUAAGGGUUCAACGAACCAUGGGUUUGAGAGUAAAUUUAGUGAUUACUACGACAGAGUAAAAUGGAGACUUCCAUAAGCAAUCGUUUAGCUAUGUUUUCUUCUUUCAGUUUGUUACUACUGUUAUUAUGUACGUAAAAUGACAUACACAUAUGAGUUUUUGUUGCGAUCGCAUUAUCGUCAGUAAACUAUGAGAUAGAUUCUUUAUAAAUAAUCGAAGAUCGCAAAUUGCAGUUAGCGUUAUCUUGUUAAUAGUCACUAAUAAUAUAACACUGUUGUCAAAGCUCUAACUUUAUUCUCUGCGACAGUCCAGCAUUCAUACCGAUUCAUUUAUAAAGCAAGUUUGAACAUCUCUCGUUAUCCGUGAGGUAAUUGUUGUAACAUGCAACCUACAUGGACAUUUCGUAAUGUUCUUCAAUAUUUUCAAAGCGGUGAGUCACGUGUAACGGUUUCAAUACUCUGUAUAAAGGACUCUGUAUAACAAUUUCCUGCGCGAUAUAGCAGUUUUAGAAUCGGUUCUUGCUGCAUCGGAAUAUGAUGAAGAUAUUCGGUUCCCAGGUCAGGCAAAUGUAGGACAGGUUCACACAGUUGAGGAGGAAAAGCAUCGGUCCACUUUGUUAUGGGACUAGAUAGAUCGUACAGACAUGAAUCUUUCCUUUGUCGCGGUUAUUUUUAAACCUGACUAGAAAUACGUUUUAUUUCUUCAAUUUCCUCCGCUUUCUUAUUAAAAUCUCUCGCGAAAUGUUCAUUUUCUUGGAAUUAUGUAAUAGGUAAUAAUACUGAUGAUUACAGUAAUUGAACAUCGCAAGAUGACUUCGAACGAAGAUGGUGAUUUGAUCGAUCUUGGAAACGACGUAUGCGUCCCACGAGUGUCUAUAGAAGAAUCGUCGAGCGAUGAACAGGAGCAUCUUCUUGACGUGUGUCCGCCAAAAUUGGAACAAACACUGUCGUUGACCAAGAAACAAGAACAAGUACAAUGCGUGAGCGAUAACGGCGACGUGCUGGUCACACUGGGUCACGAUCAAGUAGUACCGAUUCGCAAGAGGAUCGACGUCGUUUCGUCUGACACAAUAAAAAGGGUUCGCGACAUUACUAGGAACCUGGAACCAGUUAUAACGAAGACUUGUUCCGACAUUAAUGAAGAGCAUCAGGAUGUUGUGGAUUAUGGUAGCGCAUCGAAUCAUUGCAAAGGCACGCAUUAUUCGAGCGAAAAGCACGAGGAAGAGACGUACGAAGCGCGGGAAAUCAGCAAUGCGUUCAAUUUCCUUACUGAACACGAUGAUACUGAAGAUCAGGUCGAAGCAAAUUGCAUACGAUACGAUGAUUCGCACAGGUUGAUGCUAUUAACCCGUUCUACUGAGGACGAUGAAAAUCUUUUGAAUUACGAUGGCUCCAUCCAAGGCUUAAACUGCUGGAAAGCUGCCGCCGAUUUAAAAGAUCCAGCUUUCGAAUUACGUUCAGGCAAACUUACCGACAAUAUCUCAAGAAGUAAUGGCUGCGAAUCCGUUGAUCAUGAACCCGAGAAAACUAUUAGUGGAGUUGCUAAGAAACAAGAGGAGAAAAGAGGAACGGCAACGAGGACAUCCAUUCGGCAAAUGAACCGUAAAUCUUGGACGGAAGGGAUUUUUAAAAAUGCAACAUUGGAUCCAUUAACUCGGUUCGACAGGUCGACCAGUUUAAGGGAACCAUCAACUACCAACGGUAUACGUCGGCAGUUCAGUAUUAUCUCAAGGUCUUCGAUAGAAAGCGGAUUAGAGCCAAACGGAGAAGACCAAGAGGAUGGAUGUUCAGAGUGUUCGGAAGUGGAUUGGUCCUGGUUAGAGGAAGUAGAGUCUUCGCGGGGUGCGGAAUCAUUAGCACCCAAUGUUGUUGACGCGGUUCAGGAAAACACCGAACAUCGAGGAGGGAGUGCAUCAUCCCCCACCAGCGAAAAUUCAAGGCGCAGGCGCGGUCGCGAGCAUCGUGCUACCGAAGCGGGCUGCAGUGCCGCGAUGUCCGUCCCCGGGACGGUAAAGUCCUUACCGGACAGUGGUACGCGAUGGUCAACCUGUGACCCGCUACCCGAUCAAGACGGCAACGAUGAGGAUGCGGCCGUGCGAUGUAACAACGCGAACAACGAGGCUAUCGACCGAGAAACAUGCGAUAAUCCUGGCACGCUCGUCAAUUCUUGGGUGCGGGCCUCGAUGAGACGUUUGCGCCACUUAAGACUGCCGGAAGGAACCGAGCGGCAACGGAACACGGAUUCGAGUAAUUGCCGCGCCGCGAUUACAUCCGCGCCGAACUCUUUACCGGACAUAGCACUCAUUGCUCCUGAGAUUCUGGCUGCGCAAACGAACGGCACUUCUGGUACCCUUUUGAGGCCGUCUAGCGCUCCCGCUAGAAAUACGAAUGGUUCAAAUCAAAUAGUGCCACCGUCUCGCGGUGGCAGACAAUUUAGAACGAGUCGAACACAAGCAACGAGGACUCGUGAAAUUUCCUCGAGGCAGAGCAGCGUCUUAUCGUCGACUACUGGUAGCGAUACCUCGAGAACCACAACUUGCUCCAGUUCUUUCGGCGGUGCUUCCACCAGUCCACCUUCCAGCACGACCACGAGUCCGCAACGCAUCACUUCCAGAAGAAUAUGUGAAAGGCAGAGAGACAUCGAUAGGGAUGAAGACAGAGGAGAGGACGAGGACGAAGAUGCAAAUCCAUUAGGAAAGUGGCCGCACGCUCUUAGUCCGGCGUUGGCGUGUCUCAGUUGCACUCUUGGUCUUUUUAACAUAAGUAGAUUUUCUAUCCUUAGUAUACAAUUCGGAGCAAAUUUCAUUGUACAGUUCCUGAUUUUGUCCCUGGUAUUGGGCAUUCCACUCUUAACGUUACACGUGUGCCUCGGACAAAGAUUAGCGGCUGGAUCCGUGGAUAUGUGGAAAAUUUCACCCUUGUUUCAGGGUGUUGGCAUAGCGCUAUUAAUCGCACAAGCGUUUAUUGGUAUUUAUAGUAUUAUCGGUGUCUCCUGGAUGUUCGUGUACUUUAGGGAUUCGUUCAUAACGAAGCAAGAUAAGUACCGAUGGGCAGAACCGUUGUCCAUGUACAGGGAGGAUAAACCUUCUCAGAAUAGUAGCAGUUUAUAUAAACUAUACGAAACAGUACCGGAUUAUUUUAGUGGAGUCGUUCUGCAAAGGCACCACUUGAACGAAGCGGAUCCCGGUAUCGUAACGUUGAAGUUUCAAGUAGCUUUCAAUUUAGCAGUUGUAUGGAUGAUUGUGUUCGUGUCAUUAAGCAAAGGUUUAAGGUCUUAUGGCAAAGUAGUUUAUGUGUUUACAUUGGUGCCUGUGUUCGGUACCUUGGUUCUUUGUACAAAAUUACUCGGCCUCACGCCACCGGGUUCUAUACAUCAGCUCUUUCCUGCCACUGUGUGGACCGAGUUCUUUAUUAACGGCAAAUCUUGGAUAGCAGCCUCCAUCGAAGUUUUCCUUACCUGGGGACUGCUCGGCGCGGCUGCCAUGCAGAUAGCUGCUCAUAACAAGCACAAACACCUGUUACAGCGAGACACGAGUCUCGUAAUCGUGUUAACUAUUGUAGUCCUACUUCUCGCGGCUUUUCUAGCUAAUACCUGCGUUCAAGUUCUCAAACAUCAUGGAUACAUUUAUAUACCAAGUUCGUUCGAAAGAAUAUCGUCUUACAUGUUUAUGAGACCGAUGACUCAACCGGCACCACCCGGGUUCAGCAGUACGCCGGAAAGAUUUAUGGCACACGCGUCGUUUAUUGUUGGAGAACGCGUAACUCGUCCCGGCGUCGACUUCAGUGUCGAAUCUGGUUAUCAAGUCCUGAGAUUCUCGACAGAAUUAGUUCCCGCGACGUUGGCGUUGUUGGGCACCGAACAAGUAUCUCCGUUCUGGGCUGUUCUGUUCUACUUUAUUCUAAUCCUAUUUGGAAUAGCUCAACAGUUAGCAAUAUGGCAUUGCGUGAUAACCGGCAUAAUGGCGAUCAACGCGAAGAUGAUGAAACUGUGGGAAACCACCAUUACUUUCUUCAGUUGCGCCUGUGCUUACAUAUUAGGUCUACCGAUGGCCACUGAGGAAAAAUAUCUGUACGAUCAUGUGAACAUAUGCGGAUCGGUUUUAGAAGAAUGUCCGUUUAAAUGCGGAGUUUACGUUGCCCGGAAAAAUAUAAAUGCGCAUCAAAAAGUAUGCGACAGAAACGCUGCGAAGGAGAACAAUCAAACAAGCGAUGUUGAGGAUUUUGUAUGGAGAGACAAAAUGUUUGAUGCUUUAAAGUUGCUUCGUUCCGCGUUAAGAGAUGAGGAAACAGAACGUAAAGUUCUUCAAGACAGGGUAACUUAUUACUCGAAGUUGGUGCACUCUCAACAAGGAUCGAUCGAUGCUUUACGAUUUCGAAUCACGGAGAUGAUAGAUGAUUACAGACAACAUAAUGCAACGUUGAAUCAAAGAUUGAAUAGUUUGGAAUUGGCUUCUGACAACAUGGAGCAGCGCACCAGCUUAAGUUUUCAACGAAUCUCGGAGCAGUUAAAGCUUUUACACGAUCAGUUUGGCGGCGAACAAAAUAAGCACGAUGAAGUGCUCGCUAAAUGGUGCGAGGAGUUGAAAGAUUUGAGAACAGUUUUAGCGAAAGACAGCGCGCACGUCAAUGAAUUGUGGCAGGGACAACAACGAUUGAUUAGCGAUUUCAAGUUAGAAUUAGAAAUGAGAUGCAAAGAUUCGAAGGAGAUAAUGGAACAGCAAAAGGAUACAACUGAGAAAGUGAAUCGUCUGGAGGAAGAGAUGCAAAAACAAUUUGACAUUAUAACUAAAGAGAAAAGCGUGGUUCGAGGAUUGAAAUUUAAAAUGGCAGUACAUUUAGAACAUUUGGAUCGUCUGGACAAAUUGAUCAACGAUAAUCCAAGAUCGAACAUUUCGGAAUUAACCGAGUGUUACUGUACACAGGAGCACUAUGAUCAGUGCUCGACGAACGGCCGGCUUUUGUGGAGGAUCGAGCGUUACAAAGAAAAAAUGACCGAAGCUAAGGAAAAAGACUGCGUACUUUACAGUCCAAAAUUUUUAAACAAAGAAUAUGGAUAUACCUUGAGGAUGGAGCUGUUCUUAAAUGGAUUAGGUCAAUGGAAAGAUCGACACAUCAUCGGAUGUCUUCGUGUCGAAACUGGAAAGUGGGAUCCAUUAUUAGAUUGGCCUUGUAUCCUCAAAGCAUCGGUUACGUUGAGAAAUCAAGAAGAUCCAGCGAGCGAUAUAAAAAAAAUCGUGAAAGCUGUGAAAGAUUCUAAAGACGUGACUAAAGAAGCUGGAAUUUAUAUGUUCAUCCCACACACGACUUUGACCCGUUACUCUGGCUACGUUAAAGACAAUUCAAUGUUUUUAGAUAUUCGAAUAAUAGAUAUAAGAACGAGCAUGGGCAUACACGUCGUAUAUUAUUUAGACUAUACAAUCGGUGGCACGUGGUGGAUCAUGAUUUUAUACCUGGUACAAGUUGGUGCUGUAUUCGCCGUGCGAGGACGACCGCACAGCGGUGAAGCGGUUGUUGCCGAACUAUUUCCACCAACUGGCCGAUGUCUUAGGCAUUGGGCCGGUCCUUUGUUAUCUUUCACGUGGAACGUUGUGCUACCUGUUAUCCUUAUGGUACUCAGUAUCACGGUAUUUAAAAAUGCUGGGUUCCGAGAACUUUAUUCCUAUCGCCGUACUACAAGAGAAUAUUGGACAGUAUGGGCAAAACAACUGGGAGCGGCUAUACAAUUAAUACCGAUACUAACAAUACCGGCGGUGGCUGUUAUUCAAACAUGCCGAUAUUUGAACAAUGGUCCACCCGACAUAUUUGAUAGAAUUCAAUUACUGUAUCGGCCGUCGUUGGAGCCGGACGAUCCACGAGACACCCAACCGCAUAUUGGAAACGAUACUAGUACCAGCAUCCACGGCAACGGUAUCGUGCCAGCGACAACAGAAGUGCCGUUUGAAGAUCCACCACCAAAGUACACGCCUCCCCCGAGUUAUACCACCGCAACCGGAGCGAGGAUAGCGAAAAUGUUACGGCAGAGUUUCCGGCGAAGCGUGCGACGAAUAGCAAAUGUUCUUGGCGAAAGCAGCACCCCAAGACAGAGACCGGCGUUACCACCUCCGCCUCCCGAUUAUGCCACCGUUCUCGUGGAAAUGAAUCAGAGCAGACUCUCACAGGAUGUAACGAUUCAAGUCACCGAGUCGAGGAACGAGAAUUCGAACACUCGAAGAAGUAACGUCGCAGAAAGACAUAGGCCGAAUACGAUCGACAGAGCGAUGAGAGUCGGCGGUGUGGUGGGAUGUCCGAUUGAGAGGACGCAUUCAACGCUAGAGAGGCCGCGAAGAGCAUGCGUCAGUUCGUCGAGCACUUCGAAUUUGACUGCAGUCGACGUGGCUAACUUACUUCGUAGCAGCAUCAGGAGAGGGACUGUGCGAACUCAACAGUCCCUGCGUAGAAGUCUUUGCCAUGAGGAGCCGACGGUGGCAGCGUCCGUUGAAAAUCUAGUCGAGGCUGCAGCGCCGAUUGGCGAAGAAUCCUUGGUCCUUCCGAAGGAUGUGUCUCUAGUCUCCAACGAACAGGCUAAUAGCGAAAAUAGCGAAGAUAUAAAGAAGACUGCCGAGGAAACGGUCGACUCCGUUUCUGUGAUAUAGACUGUAUAUGUCCCUUGUUCCGAAUCGUUUACGAAGAAAAAACAAAUACGAAUAUUAUUUAAUUCCUGCUA